CCAGAGUCACAGCUCCGUCCUACAGUCGUGAUGUUCUUGUACUGAUCUGUGUCGUGUCUUUAAACUCGCUCUUCUGCUUUCAAGUGAUGACGGCUGUCAGUGAAUCACUUUAACACUGAAAGGAGCUGAAAACGUGAUGUUUCUCAGGCUGAUUGUGAAGAGGAGACGUAUGCUGACUUCAGUCUUCAGACUGUGGGCUCGUUCUCGUCCAUCAUCUGAGCAGUCUUCAUGGACUGGUUUCACUCUGUUUCUCUGUGGAUUUUUAUUCUCAGCUUGGAUUUUGCUGAAGGUUAUUCUCAGCGUGGACGUCGGCAGCAAACAGUGGGUCUACUUGGCAGUGAUGUUGUUUUACUCUGUUUCCUAAAAACUUCAUUGGAUGCUUCAAACUUGCAGCUGGAGUGGGCGAGAACUGACCUGAGACCAGGAUUUAUACAUAUGUGGGAAAAAUUUAAAGAAAAUGUGGAGUUCAGAGAGCCGUCAUACAUGGGAAGGACCUCACUGUCCUUUGAUAAACUGAAGCAUGGAGAUGUCUCACUGACUCUUUCCAAAGUACAGCUGUCUGAUCAAGGACCGUACAGAUGUUUCAUUCCACAGCUUCCACAGGAGUCAUUUGUUGACCUCGUUGUAGCUUCAGCAUCUACACCCGUCAUAAAGGUGAUGUCAAACGUCAGCAGCAGGGUGGUGUUACAGUGUGAGUCUGCAGGCUGGUAUCCAGAGCCUGAGCUGCUGUGGUUGGACGGUGAGGGAAACCUCCUCUCUGCUGGACCUACAGAGACCCUCAGAGGUCCUGAUGACCUCUAUACUGUCAGCAGCAGAGUGACUGUGGAGAAGAGACACAGCAACAACAUCACCUGCAGAGUCCAACAGAGGAACACCAACCAGAGCAGAGAGACACACGUGCAUGGUGUCAUCCUGGACUCAUUCAUUCCUCUUCUUCACAUUGUCAUCAUUGUGGGGAUUUAUUGUUUCCUGGCCUUGUCGAUAGUUUGCUUUCAAUCAGUAGAAACUAAAACUGCCUGCAGAGACUAUUGUUACCAACUCAGACAAAAAGGAAAACACAUCCAGGAACAGAGAAACAACCAAGUCAUCAUCAGAUCUGCCUGAAAGACAACUGAACGUACAGACUGAUCUUCAUUCCCUUCCUGGUCACAAGCUGUGGGUCUGACCACAAACCUAAAUAUGCUACCAGCAAUCUGAUUUCUAUCAUUGCUGUUGUACCACCGCUUUACUUUCUACCUCAUUUAUUUAGAAAAAAAGUCCACCCAGCAUUUGCAUUAGCUUUUUUACAAUGGUUCAGUCAAUACUCUGUUUUUGUUUGUUUGUUUGUUUUAUUUUUAAUUUGUACGCAAAGGGCUGUUUAAAUAAGGCUCGAUUUCUGUUGAUUAUUGUGUAAAAGACCAAAGAUAGUAAGAGAUGGACUAAGUUUUGUAAAUCUUAUUUAUGUGUUGUCUUUGGAUGUUCUGUUGGCACAUACCUGUGAGAAUGUUUAAUUUGGCCACCAUAUCUCAGUGAAGGGGCUACUUCAUAGUAUAUGUGAGGGAAAAAUCCAAAGCUGCAGAUGUCUUUGUUUUUGAUGAAGUCCUGGAUAUAUUUCUGUUGAUUAGGACACGAGGACUCAAUAAAUCGACCCAUGGUUUCCCAACCA